CUAACAUGGCGGCGGCCAGGAAGCGGUGCAAAUAUGAGGCUGCCAAGGACUCGGAUUAAAAAGCAAGGCAAGAGAAUGUCGAAUGUAGCGACAGUGAUGUGUACAGACAAACAACCUUUAUUGCUCUUUCAGUACAGCCCGGGCUCGUACUAAAGAAUGGACAAUUACAAAGUAAUAAAGAAAAUCGGAGAAGGAACGUUUUCCGAAGUGACGAGGGUGCAAAACCUCAAGGACGGGAAACAUUACGCCUGUAAAACAAUGAAGCAGAGCAUUAACAGCCUGGAACAGGCACACAACCUCCGUGAGGUCCAAGCAAUGAAGAGACUGAGAUUUCAUCCUAAUAUAGUCCAGCUUCAUGAAAUAAUAUUUGACCGAGACACAAGGACCUUGUCUUUGAUAUGUGAACUUAUGGAGAUGAAUAUCUAUGAGUUGAUUAGAGGAAGACAGUAUCCUUUACCUGAAAACAAAGCCAAAAACUACAUGUAUCAGCUUUGUAAAGCUCUGGACCAUAUGCACAGCAAUGGGAUUUUCCACAGAGACGUGAAACCAGAGAACAUUUUAAUUAAACAUGAUGUCCUGAAACUGGCAGACUUUGGCUCCUCUAGGAGUGUGUAUUGCAAGCCUCCUCACACAGAAUACAUCUCUACGCGGUGGUACAGAGCUCCAGAGUGUCUGCUUACUGAUGGCUACUAUUCACUCAAAAUGGACAUGUGGAGUGCAGGCUGUGUGUUCUUUGAAAUUCUCAGCUUGAAUCCUCUGUUUCCAGGUACUAAUGAGGUGGAUCAGGUGUCCAAAAUUCAUGAUGUUUUUGGCACACCAGACAGCACAGUUCUCCAAAAGUUCAAACAGUCUCGAGUGAUGCCUUUCAAUUUCUUGCCUCGGAAAGGCUGUGGGCUUUCGAAGAUGCUCCCUCACUGCUCAGGUUCAAGCCUCUCUUUGCUCUAUCAGAUGUUGGCUUAUGACCCAGAUGAACGCAUAAGUCCACGAGCAGCACUGCAGCAUGCCUGUUUCAGAGAACUACGACUGUCAGAAAGGAGAGCUCUAGGGCUUCACAGGACUAUUGGAAUUAUGGAUGAUAGCAGCAGCAUGACUCCAGGAUCAGUAGAGCAAUUCUGGCACAAUACUCGACAAGGGAGACGCCAGCAGCAGCUAAAGCAUGUAGCCGAACCACUCAGCAGACGUGUUUUGCCUAGUUAUCCUAUGGAGCUCCCAAAGCUGAACGUGGCAUUACCCACUCCUAAAGUGCCCUACCCUGUGUCCAGUCUGCCUGCAUUGGCCAUUCCACACAAGAGGUUGCUGCCAGCCAUCACCUCCAGAAAGUGCCAUUCUCGCUCAGUGAAGCCCAGAGAAGAGCCACACCGCUCAGCUUUAAAGAGCUACUACAUGCCUCCGCUGCAGAGAAAAGGUGGAGGUUACUGAAGUCCGGCCCAUGAAUCAGCAACUGUGCAAAUAAACAAUGUUCAUAUAUAUGUAAA